CCGAGUUAUAAACUUCAUUGGCCGCGCAAUGCCAACGAUGGAUGGUAAGCUUAAGUGGUUCGCUCUGCUGGCAUCGAUGCAGCUUGUCCUGUUGGGCACGGCUGAAGGACAGAGGACAUUCAAUCGCUGUACUCUUGCACUUGAAUUGGAUAGACUGAACGUUCCACGGCAAGAAAUACCCAGAUGGGUUUAUAUCGCACAGGAGGUGAGCAGCUAUCGGGCUAACGUGGUUAGUCCAAUAGAUAUCAACGGCUUUCAGCACUACGGAAUCUUUCAAAUUGGUGAACAAGAUUGGUGCAAGUCUGCAAAGGGAACUAAAAACAUCUGCAAGGUGGAGUGCUCUGAACUGAUAAAGGACGACAUUCAACCCUCGCUCGACUGCGCAAGGAUAAUACUUAGGGAACAUGGCUGGAGUGCCUGGGUAGAGGGAGAAGUUGAUGUGAACGAUUGCUUCGAAACAAGUGCCCAAGAUAGAAACGCAGCUGCACCUGCACCUGCAAGAACAGAUGGAGGUGGACCAAGAGAAGGAACUAAAGCUGAAACAGGAAAUGAAACAAAAUGUAACAAAAGAAUUCGAGAUUAUCGAUAAUUUCAAAAAGUGCUACUUGUUAGUAUAAUUGUUAUUAAUAAUAAUAAAUACAUGCAUAUAUGUAUGUGUUACUACAUUUAA